AUGACAAAGUACGACAUCUGCGGAGGAGCGUCGAAAUGGGACGACGAGAACAUGGUUAAAACUCAGGUUGAUAAUUUUGAUACGGUUGAGGAGACGAUUGAGUUUAUGGAGACGGAGGAGUUUCGGCAGAAUCCCAUGGGUGCGGAUUUUCAUCUAGAGGAGUUUGUACAGAGGGUGAGGGGUGACGAGGAUAAUAAGGUGGUCAAGAAGAAGCCAGACGUGGGACCUAGGGCUCGAAAGAAGGACUUCCCACCCUAG